AUGAAUCUCGAGUUCCUCGCCCUGCACAAGCGCGGGCUUACCUGCUACUCAUUUAACCCAAACUAUUCAUCAGAGCCAAACAAUAAAUCUUCAACUGAAAAUAAAACAGCUUCCAGUGCAACAGACGAUUUUACGAAGCCUCGUGAUAGGAGUAGCAGAAUUUCAAAACUUUGGUACAGGGAAUCCGUAACAACCGCCAGUUAUAACUCAUCUGGCGAAAAGGUUUAUAUCCAAGAUUCAUAUGGGUUUCAUGUAUUAGAUUCCACUACUGGUGACAUAAAGUCAGACAUACCAAUAGAAGGCAAAUUUUGGAAGAUUAAAUUUUCGCCAAGAGAUACAGUUACUUGUGUUUGGACUGCCUAUAGCGAAAAUAACCAGGAUAAUGUACAUUUAUUGAAUAGGGACGGGGAGGUUUACCAGAUUUUUACCAUCAAGCAUUCGGGUCACGACCACAGACUACCUCAUUGGAAUGAAGACGAGACAGUAUCUGCGCGAGUGGUUUUUAACGGAAAGUAUGAAUUGAAGGUUUUUUCGGGUCCAAUGUUGCUGGAAUCAGAGUUGAUCCGUUCUGUUCCAUUGCAGAAUGUGGAUACGACCUUUCAACUUGCAAUAUCACCUGUAAAUCGCAAAGGAGAAAGUUUUAUCGCCUUCUUUACCCCCAAAUCAAGGGGAUCGCCUGCCUCAAUCACCAUACUGAGCUGCGCCAAGGAAAAGGAAGACCCUAUACUCAAAGAAAACUUGCCACAGGCGGAUGAAGUGACCUUUUAUUGGAACAAAACUGCCUCCUCACUCCUAGUAAAAGCGCACAUUGAGAAUGAUAUGCAUAGGUCAUCAUACUAUGGUGGAUCAGCACUAUAUCUCAUUAAAAUUAAUAAGUCGGCAGUCAAACAGUUGGCAAAGUUUCAAGAUGGAUUGGUACACGAUAUUUUGUGGUCGAAGACCACAAACGAAUUUUUUUUAUGUAAAGGACCUAUGCCAUCUCAUUUGACGUUACACAACGGUACAACCGGAGAUGAAGUAGCAGAUUAUGGUAAAAGCAAUAGGAAUACCCUAAGGAUUUGCCCCUUUGGCAGGUUUUUACUUGUCGGUGGCUUUGGCAAUCUCAGCGGCGGGGUUGACAUUUGGGAUACAAAAACACUUAAAAAACUGUCAACAACCACAGCACCCUGCUCAGUUUCAUGUGAAUUUACCAGUGAUGCAAGGCAUUUCGUCACUGCAACUACGAAUCCACGGAUGCGUGUUGACAACUGUAUCAAAAUCUAUAAUUAUUGGUGUGAGCUGCUCGAAAUUUUACCAUUUGAUGAACUCUAUUUUGUCAAUUUGCGGCCUUUAUCACACAUGUUUGAAUCUAGAGACCCAUCGCCAGAUCGACAAAUUAAGGUGCAACAGACAAAAGUAUACCGCGCCCCUGGGUCCACCGGUCAAGUGUCAAAGAUCUUAGAGCAACGGAAUAUCUCCAUUACCAAGGCGAAGCCAGUGGAUCGAAAACCCGUAUCUAAUAUAAAAUCCGUUCCGGGAGCCGACGAUCUCAUGAUGGCUAACGUCAGGAAGAAAAUGGGAAAGAAAUCCAACUAUUAG